UAGCCACGGUGAUUUCCAAGCUUGGCCGUCUUAGCCUCGUAAAGAAAGGCAAUCUGUCUCAAUCCCUUACAAAUUUUCCAACAACAAAUCUUUGAAAACAUUUCAGAAGAAAACCAAACUUCUUAGACUCUAGUACCCUUCCUUUACUUUUCUUUCUUCUUCUAUUUCACAAUCGAUUCUCAGCGGCCACCUCUGUUUACAGUCGAAUUAGCCUUGGUUAAAUAUCUUGCCGGAAAAAUAGGAAUUCCGAUCGAUCCAUGCCUUGAUACCUUCCUGUCAUCGUUCUCACCAUCCUUUGUAGGCUAUAUAAAUCCGAAGUAUAUAGUUUCAGCUCAAGUUUGUUUGUUUCGAGCAAACCAUCGAUGGAUACCAAGUCGGAGAAGGUCUAUGUUGCCGUCGGGAACGAUUUGCAGGAAGGGAUAGGGACUUUGGAGUGGGCACUGAGAAAAUGGUCUGGGCAAACGAUUUCCAUAGUUAUCAUCCAUUUCAACAAUAAUAACAAGGAUUUUGUUUACACCCCAUUUGGAAAGCUUCCUGCAAGCUCUGUAAAUGAUGAGAAGUUGCGGAUAUUUAGGAUGUAUGAACAGGAGAAGACCGACAAGCUGCUGUCGAAGUACAUAGAUUUCUGUGCCAAGGUGAGAACUGGAGUUCUAAAAGUAGAAAAAACUGAAGAACCCAUUUACAAGGUUAUUGUUGGACUGAUAUCAAGGCUUCGGGUGACCAAAUUUGUCAUGGGCAUUACACUCAUGAAAUCCCAGUGUUGGAAAACAAAGAGUGCAAUCAGUGCAGCGUUUUAUGUACAUAAGAACAAGCCUAAUUUUUGUGAGUCAUUCAUAAUAUGUGGAGGGGAAUUGAUUUUUCUUGGAGAAGGGAAUGAAGAGGGGUUUGUGGAGGAUGACCAGGGACUCAUGGUUGCUAAGUUGAGGAACAAAGGUAGUUUCAAAGGUUGGCUAGGUAGAGUGUUCACAGAUAGCACAGCUAUUCAUCAGUCUUGUGUGAGAGAUGAUUCCCAUUGCACCUCGGCUGCCGCUUCGAUGGGCAUCGAAUUAUCGCUCAAUUCUCAUGAUAGGUGGGAAAAUUAUGCUGAAGAAGUAGAAAAUUACCUUCAGUGGUUGUCAAUUUCAGAAGUAGGUGAAGAAUUUCAUGAAGAAGAAAAUGGUCCUGCUGCUUCCCAACUUAGUCUUGAGAAAGAGCUGGAGAAGUUUCAACAAGCUAGUACAAAAAUGAAUGCUUCGGAUAGAAUUGGUGCCAUGAGAGCUAAAACAGAGGAAGCCCGUAAGAUGACAGAGGAGAAAAGAAAAGAAGUCAAAAUCCACGUUGAGAGACAGAGACGGGCUGAACGGAUCAUUUCUCUCUGCAAUCGUAGGGUUGAAGAACUAGAUGCUCGUAUAAAUGAAGAGAGCACCACUCAGAAUGAUCUAAAGAAAGAUUUGGAGGCAGCAAGGGAAUACAUCUAUGAAGUCUCGAGUGACAUCGAAGAGACCAAGAGCAAGCUCAGCUCAAUAAUGGAGCUCCAAGCAGAGCUCACCCGUAAGCUGCACUCGUCCUCCUUGGCAAAAUUCCAUGCUGAAAGCCAACUACAGAAUGCGAUGGCGGCAAGAACUGAGAUGCUCCUAGAGAUCGACGAGUUGCGCCGUGAGCGGGACUUGUUGCGCCGGAGAGUCGAGUUCUGUAGAGAAAAGGAAGCAAUAGCAGCGGCGACGGCAUCAUCGAAUAGCUUGAACUACGCUUACAGAGAGUUCACGGCCGACGAGAUCAGAGUGGCAACCGAUGAUUUCUCCGAACGAAUGAGGUUGAAAUCGGGAGGCGUUGGGACGAACGUCUACAGAGGAAGGCUCAACCAUACAACAGUUGCCAUCAAACUGCAGGAUUCUCUCUGUCGACAGUCUCAAGAAGAGUUCCGAACUAAGAUGGAGCUACUGUGCAAAAUCCGGCACCCCCAUCUGAUUAGCAUGAUCGGAGCCUGCACCGAGCGGAGAUGCAUCAUCUUGGAAUACAUGCACAACGGUAGCUUACAGGACAUUCUCUUCUUUUCCUCCAACUCCAAGUCCAAUCGUAGCAGAAACAGGACUCUCCCUUGGCACGCUCGCAUCCGCAUCGCGGCCGAGAUCUGUUCAGGCCUGAGCUUCCUUCACAUGGCGGAGCCAAGGUCCAUCGUCCACGGUGACCUGAACCCAUCCAAGGUCCUCCUGGAUCGCCACCUCGUAGCCAAACUCGCUGGGUUCCGACUGGGUCGAUCAUCCGAGGAGUCAGAGAAACGGUCCGAUGCACAUGCGUUUGGAAUCAUAAUGCUGCAACUUCUGACGGGGAGACAAGGUGCUGGGUUGGUUGAGGAGGUGACGAGAGCGAUGAAAUGCGGGGCCUUGAUUGGGGUUUUGGAUGAGACGACGGCGAGAGAAUGGCCGCUGGAGUUGGCAGAGGAGUUUGCUGGGAUAGCGUUGAGGUGCGUGGACGUCGGUGGGAAGCAGAGGAUGGAGACGAGGAGGGCUACAGUAAUGAGAGAACUUGAGGAACUGAAGAGAAAGGCAAGCGAUGUCAAGGGGUGGAGAGGAAGCCAGACGACGGAAGGAGGCCUGGACCAGGAGGACGAUCGCGAUGUGCCUAGUGUUUUCCUCUGCCCAAUUUUGCAGGAAGUGAUGAAAAACCCACAUGUAGCAGCAGAUGGUUUCUCGUACGAGUGGGAAGCCAUAGAAGAGUGGCUGAGAACAGGGCACGAGACAUCACCCAUGACCAACCUAAGGCUCAACCACAAGCUCCUCACCCCAAACCACACCCUUCGUUCACUCAUUCAUGACUGGCUCAAUUAAACCUGAUUCCCUCCGAUUAUCAAAACAGUGUUGGAGGCCUUCUUGUUCCUUCUGUAAAACAGAGCUUCACAGUCCAAUUUAGGGGGUUGCUUUCUUGCUUUCUUUUAACCCCUCUACCACUUUUCCACACUAUUUGUCGCAAUCACAUUCCAAUUCCAAGAUUUCUGAGUUUUCCUCAACUGAUUUCAACAACUGAAAUACAAAGCUCCUGUUUCUCAGUGUAUAACUGCAAACGGGCUGAUGAUCUGUUCCAUAGCAAAGUGAGACUAUGGGUUUAAUUAAAUUCUUUAACCAGGCAUAGCCCAUCACUGAGUUGAAGCAGAAUCAUCAUUUCUACUUCACAAAGAACUGAUUUGGGCCUAUCCCACCAGACCUGCCAGAUCCAUUUCUAAUUAGGAAUUUCUUUUAGAGAGCACUAGCUAGAGCAGAGAGGCGAUCAUUUCUAUUUCUAACCCGGCCCAGUCCCGUCUAAAAUCUAACUAUUUCUGGGCUUGGGCCCGGGUAUUAUAUUCAGGCCCAACUUGUAUCAGGCUCUGAAAUUUGUAGGCUGAGCGUGGGCCAUUUAGGCCCAUCCCAUGAUCACCCCUUAGAGGUGAGCUGGAGAAGUUUUAAGGUGGGAUACGAUUUCCAGGCCUAGUGGAAAUUACAUCCCUUGUUUAUCUUUAUCUUCUUUUAGAAUACUAGUAAGCGUGCACUUGUUUUACA